CCGAUUUCCAUGAAAAAACAUGUGAUCGGUGAUCGCCGAUCACAUGUUUUUUUGCCGAUCGCAAAAUCCGAUCACUUAUAUUACAUACUUUGCAGCCUACAAUGGUGCUGUUUGCGUGUGCAGUGACGUAGCUUCCGCUUUCCUCCUCACUGAACAUGUGCGCAAAUCCAAAAUAAACAUGUCCGCCGUGUGGAAGUUUUACACUGUGUGUGACAGUGACAUCAAGUUUGCAUCCUGUAACACUUGCGACGGAAAAAUUCCUCGUGGGGGAAGCACGGCAAAAACUUUCAACACUACGAAUUUAAUCCGACAUUUAAAAAACAAUCACUUGGCGGAGUAUGGUGAGUUUACGAGACUCGCUGCACAGAGUGAGAAGAAGACACCUGGAGCAGCCAGGGCGCAGUUAAGACAAACAACAAUUGCUAAUGCUCGUCCGUAUGAACGUGACAGUCAGAAGGCUAAGCUAAUUACUACCAAAAUAAUGGAAUUCAUCGGGCUGGAUGACCAGCCAUUUUCAGUUGUUGAAGACACUGGGUUUCGCCGACUGCUUUCACACUUGGAGCCUCGCUACUUGCUACCUGGACGUAAAUACUUCAUGGACGUAGCCCUUCCGGAGCUCCAUCAGACUGUGUACGCUCACAUUGAACGUCUCCUGAAAGAAGGUCUCUCCUCCUCCGUAAGUUUUACGACGGACAUAUGGAGCUCGGAUGUCAGUCCUGUCUCGUUGCUGAGUUUAACAGCUCACUGGAUCGACUCAGAUUUUCAUCUCCAUAAAGCUGUUCUGCAUGCCCAGGAGUUUUCUGGCUCCCAUACUGCUGUAGCUUUAGCAGCCACAUUUGAGAAAAUGUUUGAAACAUGGCAUAUUCCGAAAGACAAAGUGCACGUGAUACUGAGAGAUAAUGCCAGAAACAUGGUGAAAGGCAUGACAGAUGCUGGGUUACCAAGUUUGGGGUGUAUGGCUCACACCCUGCAGCUAGCUAUUCACGAGGCAGUGUUGUCUCAGCGCAGUAUAAGUGACAUUAUUGCCAAAGGAAGACGCAUUGUAGGGCAUUUCAGGCAUUCGCCAUUAGCAUAUGCAAGACUUCAGAGUGUACAGCAACAACUCGGCCAGCCCACCAAAAGACUGCAACAAGAUGUUAGCACGAGGUGGAAUAGCACUUAUUAUAUGCUCGUCAGUCUCCUUGAGCAAAAGCGAGCACUGGGUGUUUAUGCAGCUGACCAUGAGUUGCCUGCUACCUUUACAACUUCUCAGUGGGAAUUGAUUGAAAACCUAACAACACUCCUACAACCGUUUGAAGAGCUAACGAAGGAAAUAUCAUCAUCAAAUGCAUCUGCUGCUGAUGUCAUACCUGCUGUGAUGGUUUUGAAGCGCCUCCUUGCCAAAGAGACUGCAGCAGGUCAUGGUGUGAAGACAACUAAGGACACAUUGCUGGAAGCUGUCACCAGAAGAUUUGCUGACAUUGAAGAAGAGCCCCUCUACAGUUUGGCAACACUCAUAGACCCAAGGUACAAAGACAGAUUUUACUCUGAAGACUUGAAGACCAACACACACAGACUGCUUGUUGGUCUGAUGACACAAGCCACUCAGAGGAGCCCAAAACAAAGACCUGAAGCUGACAGCACAGGGGAACCAGCAGAGAAGGUGCCGAGACCAGGGUCCUUGUCUUCAGUGUUUGGUGAAAUCUUGGGAGAAGAAUCCAGGCACCAGGUUCUCACAGAAAAUGCAACACCAUCAGAAAUGAUCAUCUACCUCUCAGAGCCAACCAUCUCUCGUAGUGCAUCACCAUUGGAAUACUGGAAAGCUAACAAGGAACGCUUUCCAGGGCUUGCUAGUGUAGCAAGAGCAUACUUAUCUGCCCCUUGCACAAGUGUGGAGAGUGAGCGACUAUUUAGCGCUGCAUCCAACAUUGUGGAUGAACACAGGAAUAGACUCAUGCCUGAAAAAGCGGAGAUGCUUCUCUUUAUUAAAAAGAAUCUUCCCACAAUGCUCAACAAGUAAUACGUAUUUACAACAGCAUGUGUUAAGGCUGUUCAACGUUUCUGCCUGUUCAAAGCAAAUGCACUUUAAAUUCACUUGUGAUAUUUUCUGUUUCAUGGUCUUUAAGACCACAUUAAUGUUGUUCAGGUGGCAGAUGGUUAUUCAUUUUACAUAUAAAGCAGCAGGCCCAUUGUAGGUUUUUUUUUUAUUCAUAAAAGGUAAACAGUUUUUUUCUUUUCAGAACAUGUAACUCAUGCACAAAACAGUAAGCUCUUCUCUCAGCUAGUAACCUGUCUAUGACUGUAAAUGUUUCCUUUUUUACUUGACAUUUUAUCCUGGUAAUGUUAAGGUUUUUUUAUUUUUUUAAUUUCUGCAUCAUUUCCUGUUCAAAGGGAAAGCACUUUAAUUUCAUUUGGCCUGUUUUCUGUUUCAGAGUCUUUAAGGCCACAGUAAUGUUGUUUAGGUAGCAGAUGGGUUAUUUAUUUAUUUUACUAUACAUAUAAAGCAGCAGACCCAUAGUAUUUAUUUUAUAAAUUUAAAAAAGGUAAGCAGUUUUUUCUUUGCAGAACAGAGGUUACUCAUGCACAAAAUAGUAAGCUGUGCUCUCAGGUAGUUCUGAUUUAAUUAGUUAACUCAAAUGCAACCUGCCUAUGACUGUGAAUGUUUCCUUUUUGACUUGACAUUUUAUAUGGGCAAUGCUAAGUUUUUAGUUUUGUUUCUUUUAAUAUCUGCAUUAUUAAGCCUGUAGGGAGCCUUAAAUCUGUUUUCAGUCUGUUAACAAUAGUAUUACUAAUUAGAAUUUACUACUAUUGACUGAGUAGUUCAUUUAUUGUGCCUUAAAGUGUUUUGUAUUUUUUCUCUUGGAAAACGUAAAUAAAAUGUUUUGUUUUUC